UCUUCUUCUGUGGUUUAUCCAAACGCCGACCUUUCAAAACAAUGUGGGAACCUGAAUUUAUUUAAAUGGGAUGCGAGCGUGAACACGUCGGAGGAGACGUUAACGGUUCGAGACGGCGCCAAUAAAGAGACUCAACUUUUACAACCGAGUGAGAACUCCUCUCUAACUGAGGAUCUCUGGACUAAAGAGGACCAGGUCCCUUAAGUUCACUACAUUGAACCCCUCAGUGCUGGUCUCUACUGGGUCUGGUCCACGGUGGACCAGAUAAAAGAUCCUCGCUGGAACUUCAACUGUGAUUAAAUCUGUCAAGGUCAAACCUAAAGGCCGACUCCCGACCUCUACUGCUUAUUAUGGUCUGUUGUCAUGAAUAAAGUGAGUGAGUGUGUGUGUGGAGGGGGGUUCUACCUGAACUCUGACCGUGGAUCUUUAAACGUGCACCUGAGAGAGAACUGGAGUUCUUCCAGAGGAAGGGUCUCUCUCUCACUCUCUCUCACUCACUCACUCACACAUGUGAAGUAGGAGGCCUGCUUUCUGUCCAGCUCUCUCCUCCUUGGGUUUCAAUUCCAAACAUGGUGAUCCUUGUAGGGCUCCCUAUGGACGCCUCCCCUCCUCUUCCUCCUCCUGCUCCUCUCCGCCGGCCGGCCAGAGAGACGAAGAAGGGAACGCCGGAGGAGCGAGAGGGAGGAGGGGACGCAGAAUGAGAGAAGAAGAAGAUGAAAUAGAGCCGUGAGAACGUCUCCAAACACCUGCCUGCUUGUUUGUUUUUCCACACCAAACGACAACAACAACAACAGCAACACCGCUGCAGCGUCCGCUCCCCGGAGGUCGCCAUGGGCAACGCCACGCUGCUGGACAGCUUGCUGUUCCCGCCGCUCUGUGCCGGCUGGAGCAACGCCACGGAGGGCGCCAUGUACCAGCUGGGCGGCGCCAUGCUGUUCCUGGGCUACAUGGGGGGCAGCGGCGCCCACGGCUGCCUCUACAUCUUCGGCUUCCUGGUGCCCGCCCACGGCUGCCUGGCGGCGUGGGGCUGGCUGACGGCGUGCGGCCUGGACGUGGCGGCCUGGAACCUGCUGCUGCUGCUGGCCUGCCUGGCCCAGGUGGGCCACCUGCUGCGCCGGCUGCACCGCGAGCGCGUGCGCGGCGGCGAGGAGCUGGGCGCGCUCUACCGGGCCGUGUACCUGCCGCUCGGCGUGCCCGCCGCCGCGUUCAGGGACAUCGCGGGCGCCUUCGACGACAAGGUGGUGGAGCUGAAGGCGGGAGAGACGUACGCCGUGGAGGGCAAGACGCCCAUCGACCAGCUGUCCUUCCUGCUGUCUGGGAGGAUCAACGUGUCGUUGGAGGGCCAGUUCCUGCACUACAUCCACCGCCACCAGUUCCUGGACUCUCCCGAGUGGGAGUCCGUGAGACCGAGCGAGGAGGGGCAGUUCCAGGUGACCCUUACUGCCGAGGAAGACUCCCGCUACAUCUCAUGGCGGCGCCGGCGUCUGUAUUUGGCGAUUUCGAAGGACCGCUACAUCGCCCGCGUCUUCUCCGUCAUGCUGGGCUACGACAUCGCCGAGAAGCUCUACAACCUCAACAACAAGCUCUACCUCAAAAGCGGCGUGCUGUUGGACAUCCGCCUGCCCAGCCUCUACCACGUGCUGGCCCCCUCCUCGCAGGGCAGCGAGGGCGGCAGCGGCAGCGACGGCGGUGGCGGCAUCGGCAAGGAACACCUGCAGGGCGAAGACCCGGCGCCAGCCAACCAGAUGUCCGAUCUGGACCAGUUUCAGCCCUACCUGCAGGGACCGAGGAACCCCCGCCCGGACGAACCCCAGGGCCCGCAGCAUGAGCGCUAUCAGCACCCCUGGGUGUCAGACCCUGAUCUGCCCACCGGAAGUGGUAAUGACGUUGAUGUGCCGCCUCGAUUCCAGCGUGGCAGAGCGCCGCUGGCUCCCACCGACACGCCCAAACUGUGAGAACGUUUCCUCCUCGCUCUUCGUCCCUGCUCGUCUUCCUCGCUUCACGUCGUCGGUCCUGAGCGUGAAGAAGGACUUUUAGCCCGGUGUGGAAUGUUUUCUGGCCGACGUUUUAAAGCUUCUCCGGCCUCUGAAAUCUGCCCUGAGAGCCCGACGACAGCGAGGAGCCGACGCGUGUUCAGUUAAAAGUGAAACGUCUGUAAUUUAAGGUCAAAGCUUCAUUCAGUGAUUCUGUCCCAUCAAAGAUGGACGCCUGCAAAUAAUUCGGAAUUAAAUUAUACUUAAAUAUUAUUCCAUGUCAUAAAAAUGGAUUUAGUGAUACUGAAACAUUUAGUUGGUUUCAUCUCAUUUAUUAUCAUCGGUUUGAUUUGGAUUUCACGUUUGUUUCCACAUAUAAGAAUAUUUAUAUAACUAAUGUACUUCUCACUCAAGUCUGCGUUACACGUAACAUUUAGUUUUGUAUACUUCUCGAGAUCUUUCCAGACACAUAUAAACAGUUUAGUUCUUCUCUAUUUCACUUUCAUAUUUAUUUUAUUUAUCUGAACCAUGACUUCUGGAGGUCCACCUCUUGUUAACCUUAUUUUAACAUAUAUGUUUGUAACUAAUUGAGUAUAUUAUACACACAUGUGAACUGUGAAUUUCAUUAUUUGUCCUGUUAUUGAUUUGCAAAAUACAGAAAAAGAACUAAAGUGAUGAGUUAUUUUCAUGGGGCCAAGAAUUCUCCAUAAAGAUCUUUGUGUGCAGUGAAAAUGUCA